GAGAAAAUGGAACCAAAAGAAAGUAUGGCAUUGUUACAAGGCCAAGCCGAAAUUUGGCAACACCUUUACGGAGUGGUGGAUUCUAUGGCAUUGAAAUGUGCCAUCGAGCUCGGCAUUGCUGAUAUUAUACACUCUCAUGGUGGCCCCAUUACUUUGCGCCAAAUAGCCUUAGGGAUUGAUUCUCCAUCUCCUCAUAUCCCUUACCUCGCACGUAUCAUGAGGUUACUGGUUCGUAAAAACAUUUUCACCGAACAUCGUCAUCCACCGGACGGUGGGGAGACACUCUACGGGUUGACACAAACGUCAAGAUGGCUUUUGCGUGAUGUUGAGUUGAGCCUAGUACCAAUGGUGUUGAUGAGAUACCAUCCGUGGCAACUGGCACCGUUGCAUUACCUCAGCCAUUGUGUCAAGGAAGGGGGCACUGGAUUCAAGAAGGCCCAUGGCUGUGAGAUUUGGGACUUUGCAUCAAAAAAUCCCGAGUACAACAAUAUAUUCAAUGAUGCCAUGGCAUGCACAACCAAGAUUGUAAUGGCAGCAAUCUUGGCUGAAUACAAAGAUGGGUUAGGCUGCGUGGGAUCAUUGGUGGAUGUAGGAGGUGGGACGGGAGGGAUGAUUGCUGAGAUUGUUAAUGCAUAUCCACACAUCAAGGGUAUUAACUUGGAUCUGCCGCAUGUUGUGGCCAUAGCACCGGAGCGCCCGGGGGUCUCCCAUGUUGGAGGUAACAUGUUUGACGCCAUUCCUAAUGCAGAUGCAAUUUUCAUGAAGUGGGUGCUACACAAUUGGAGUGAUGAACAUUGUAUGAAGAUUCUGAAGAAUUGCCGAAACGCAAUACCAAAGAAGGGUGGAAAGGUUAUUAUUGUUGAUGUUGUUCUUGAGAAAGAAAGUAAUGAUUUAUUUGGUGAGACACCCAUGGCAUUAGAUUUGUGUAUGAUGGCAUACACUGCUGGUGGAAAGGAGAGGACUGAGCUUGAAUGGAAGAAAUUAUUGGAGGAAGCAGGCUUUGGUGGCUAUAAAAUCUUCAAAAUUCCAACUUUAACAUCCAUUAUUGAGGCCUAUCCUGACUGACAUAUAAUUGCUGUUGUGAAGCUGCCAUUGGCUCAAACACAUGGUUGACUUCAU